AUGCUCAGGCGGUAUGUACACCUCAGGCAUUUGAUAGCAGGCCCUUUCCUUUCCCCUCCCUCCCCAAUCGUAUACCUGCAGCGCUGGUGUAGCGGAUCCGUGGAUUCAAGUCUAGACCCCAGCCGGCGACAAAAUAAGCAAUCUACCUCCAAGUUUGAAACAUCACCAACUGGUAAUCCCAACAAGUCAUCAAUGGUCAACGGUGACACAGGAAAAGAAGGUCCAAUUGCUCUACCCCCAACAAAACGAUUGGCGAUAGUGACUUGCAUGGAUGCACGAAUCAACCCCUUCUCCCAGUUGGGCAUAGACCUUGGCGAAGCUCACAUUAUUCGCAAUGCAGGUGGUGUGGCUCGCGAUGCCCUUCGCAGCCUCAUUAUUUCCCAGAGGCUGCUUGGUACCCGCGAAAUUGCGGUAUAUCAUCACACGGGUUGUGGACUAGUCACAAUGACUACCCCAGGCCUUCAGAAGCUAGUCAAAGAUGCUGAUCCUACAAAUGCAGAAGCAGGCAAGCAGAUUGAUAAUAUAGACUUCCUUGAAUAUGGACCAGAUCUGGAGAAGUCUGUCAGAGACGAUGUACAGUUUCUACAAAACUCGCCUUUGAUCCUAAAGGGCACGAAAAUUACGGGUUGGAUUUGGGAUGUUGAAACCGAGAAAGCAUCUCAAGUCGUUUAG